UCCCCCCCAAUCCCCCCCCCAGUUCGCUGCCCACGAGGACGACGUGAACGCCGUGGCCGUCGGGGACCCCUCGGGGCAGCUGCUCCUGUCGGGGGGGGACGACGGACUGGUCCGGAACUGGGACCGGCGCUGCCUCCCCGGGGGCCCCACGGGGGUCCUGGCCGGGCACCGGGACGGGGUCACCUUCCUGCACCCCAGGGGGGACGGGCGCUACGUGGUGUCCAACUCCAAGGACCAGUCGGCCAAGCUGUGGGAUCUGCGGCGCCCGGCGGGGCCCGGCGGGGUCGAGGCCGCCCGGAGAGCGGUGGCCAAACAGAACUGGGACUACCGGUGGCAGAGGGCGCCCCCCCACGCCCGCCAGGCCACGCCCCUGCCCGGUGACGCCUCCCUGGUGACGUUCCGGGGUCACGUCGUGCUCCAAACCCUCGUGCGCUGCCGCCUCGCCCCGCCCGGAGCCGCCCCCGCCCUGGCGGCCGCCAGCGCUGACGGGGACGUGCUGGUUUACGACGUGCUGAGCGGGCGCCCCCGGCGGCGCCUGAGGGGUCACAGCGGCUGCGUCCGGGACGUGGCCUGGACCCCAACUGGGGACAGACUGGGAACUGCUGGGUGGGACGGCACCAUCCGGCUCUGGGACUUCCGGGAGCCCUGGCGGGACCCGGACGAUGACGUCGGGGGAGGGGGCGGGGCCUGA